AUGGUUGGCUCUCCAGUCUUCAUGCGGAUGACAGUCUUUGUACUGAUCAAGUUGGCCAUGUGCCUCACGUUGGGCACAGCUGCUGUGGCGGCAGGCACCGGCAACAACUCGCAGGGCAAGUGUGACUUGACAAAGAUGGUCCGUUACAAUGGUAACAGGACCCAGCUCGGGCUCUGUGAUGCAGAUUUUGGUGUCUAUCUUGAGUGCAUCGCAAGCCAGCUGAAUUGCACCGAUGCGCAUGUAAGCAUCCUUGGCGACGUGUGCACACAUUUGAAAGUAGAGGACUGUGAGGAAGAUGUCUCGGCUAUUGCCUGUGGCUUGUGCGGUUCUGUCGUGCCCUCUACACUCUUUGUCCAUAUGAUAUGUCCACAAUCCUGUGGUACUUGUGGAACAUCAAUGAUGAGAAGCAGCUUGCAAAGCCUUGCGAGCAAGUGCGCCCUGACUGAGAACGUGUGUCUGCUGCAACGCAAAAAUCAGAGAGCUGCAUUCAUGGCUCCCACAAACGAGUCGCUCGAAGAUCGCAGCUUCUACCGACAUCACCGUGCUUGGGGACCGCGUUGGUGGAGAAGGUACCACCAGAAACCCUACUACACCGCCACCACCGCCCACAUCACACAAACAACCACGAUCACCACCACAACCUCCAGCACCCUAGUGCCAGCUGCUCCUUGCAAUCUGGCGACUCUACCAUCAGUAGAGGGAAGUGAGGUGGCCGAUUGUUUGAAUCUGAGUCUUGGCGACAACUGCACGGCCAGUUGUGAGGAGGGCUUCACAGGUGAGCCCGGGUCCUUCACUUGUGACCAAGAUGGCAAUUUUGUUGGAUCGCCCCCUACAUGCGAGCUUUCUUUCUGCUCGACACCCGAAGCUCUGGAUGCCCUCAGCUUACUUCAUGACUGUGAUGGUACGCCUUCUGGCUCCUCCUGUUCGGUUGCCUGUGCUGAUGGCUACAACGGAACUCCAGCCGUGUGGAACUGCACUACCGGUGCUUUGGGUGGAGUUGUUCUGAGUGGUACUGUUCCGGAAUGCACAGCGAACAUUUGCACCGACAACUUGCCAAUGGGGUUUGGCAUCGACUCCACGGCGUGUGAAAAUGCUACAGUUGGCGAGUCUUGCUUUGCCACGUGCGGUGAAGGCCUCUUGGCUUCUGGAUCCUCAGAGGCGACCUGCACAAGCAGCGGCUCUUUCACAAACAUAUCUCUGCAAUGCAGCCUGCCUAGCUGUGGCAACCUGAGUGCUUUAUCAGCCUUUGCCCAGCCAUACCUUGAGCACGACUGCACAAACCAGACUGAGGGUGCCAUGUGUGCCGCAGAAUGCAUCCCAGGCUACGCUGGGGAAGGAGUUGUCCUGGUUUGCAAUGUUGGCCCGACGACAGCGGAUUCAGAAGGCUAUGCGGUCGUGGACAGCUCUGGAAAUCUGACGCCGGCGAACCUUCCUAACAUGGCGCCGGCGUGCGUGGCAGAGGUGGUUUACUGCACAUUCUUGCCGGACGUGCUGGGUGCCGUCGACAAUUGCAGUGGGAUAGUUGCUGGUGAGACCUGCAUCGUUUCUGCUGCUGAUGGCUAUACUGGAGAGAACGCAACGCUGACAUGUGGCACCCACGGUGAGCUCUUGGGCAACAUCACGCCGUUCCAAGCCGUCGUUUGCCCUGAUCUCGUGGCUCCUGGAUUUGUCACCGACUGCAUCAACGUAAGCUUGGGGGAAAAUUGCUCUUCGAUGUGCAGUCUGCCGGACAACUUCACAGGCGAGAACUCCACAGAAGUCACUGUCGGCAACAGUACUACGACGGUCGUGUCCCUUAGCGAAGGUGCAGUGGCCGAAGAGAGGACGUGUGUGCUGGUGGAUGGGGAGCCAGUGCUUCAGCUGGAGACAGCAUCUCUUCAGUGCAACGCAUCCAACAUCUCCAACAGCACCUCGAUGUUGGAAGUUCAUGAAUCCAACGCAUCAUCCUACUGCAAACCACCCUCUCAGGAGCAGGCCCUCGUAAACCGACUCGGCAGCCGCAACUGGGACCUGACAACAUGCUACGGGGGCCCGUUUGCAUUCCGUACUCAGUGCUCCUUGCGAUGCAAGCCUGGUUACAAGCAAAGUAGAGGCCGUUACAGCCGGUACUACUACAGCCGGGCCGCCCGCCUGUAUUGUGGGCGCUCGCGGUCGAGUGAGCUGCAGUGGUGGGUAUACACGUAUGGUGCCAGUUGCAUUCCAAAGACGUGCACCCGUGGGCAGCCCAGCGGCACUGGCAUUCAGCAAGAUCCAUCUUCGCCAUGUAACCGCACCAUGAGAACCGGCGACACUUGCAGAGUUUCUUGUGGAGAUGGUUUUGACUACGUGUCAGGGCCCACAGAAUACACUUGUGAACCUGACGGCGAAAUCUGGCCCACGGGAAUCCGCUACCUCCAAACACCGCCUGCGGCUUUUUCUGCCGUUGGCGAGGCCGUUGGUGGGGCGGAGGAAGUAGGUAUGGCAAGUUGA